AUGCCUCCUCCCCCGGACUAUCUCGAGCGGGUUUAUGCCGGUGUGCUCGGAAAGUUGAUCGGGGUGUACCUGGGCCGCCCAUUUGAGCUCUGGAGCCAUCAACGCAUCGUGAAGGAGCUGGGCGAGAUCCAUUACUAUGUCCACGAAAAGACUGGGGAGCCUCUGGUCGUCACCGACGACGACGUGACAGGGACGUUCAUGUUCCUCCGUGCGUUGGAGGAACACGGCGCGGGUGCCGAUUUGACCGCAGAGCAGGUCGGCAAGACGUGGCUCAACAAUAUCAUCCUAUACCGCUCCGUCUUUUGGUGGGGUGGCAAUGGAAUCUCCACGGAGCAAACGACCUUCCUCAAUCUCAAGAAGGGCAUCCCGGCUCCGACCAGUGGCUCGAUGAGGACCAAUGGCAAGGUCAUUGCCGAGCAAAUCGGUGCUCAGAUCUUCAUCGAUGGCUGGGCCAUGGUGUCCCCCGGCAAUCCUGACCAAGCCGUGAAGCUAGCAGAGCAAGCGGCUACGGUCAGUCAUGACGGUGACGCCGUGCAUUCUGCCAAAAUGAUUGCAGCGAUGGAAGCAGAAGCCUUUCUCUCUGCCGAUGUGGACCAUCUUAUCGAUACUGGCCUGCAAUAUGUGCCCCAAGAUUCAACGGUCCGAAAAGUGGUGGACGACAUUCGUCAAUGGGCCAAAAUAGACCAGGACUGGUAUAAGACGCGGGAGCGAUGCGAGCAACACUAUGGAUUGAACAAGUACCCCGGCAUCUGUCAUGUCAUUCCGAAUCUCGCCAUCUGCAUCCUGGCAUUAGUCUAUGGAGGGUCCAGUUUCCACGAUGCCAUGACCAUUGUCUGUACGGCUGGAGAAGACACCGACUGCAACGGCGGCACAGUGGGCUGCCUCGUGGCCUUGAUGCAUGGACUCCAGGGUUUCGAGGAUGGCCAGGACUGGAGGUCACCGGUAGCUGACCGGGCCCUAUUAUCGGGCACGGAUGGCGGCUACGCGAUCAACAACGCAGCAAGACUUGCAUAUGAUGUGGUGAACAUGGGACGCCGCAUCCAGAAUCUUGAGCCAUUACCUGCUCCAAAGAACGGAGACCAGUACUACUUUACCCUACCCGGCAGUGUCCAAGGCUUCCGUGCCUCUGAAAGCACGCUCCAGCCUGGUAUGGCAAAAGUGGCUCAGGCAGUCGAUGACCAGGGACGUCCAGGGCUUUCUAUCCAACUGGACAAGUUGUCCAAAGCCGAGUCCGUGGAUGUUCUCACAGACGUCUUCACUCCACCAGAGGUGCUCAACAUGCGCACCUACGAACUCAUGGCGUCUCCCUUGGUCUACUCGGGGCAAACCUUGAAGGCUGUUCUGCGUGGAGUGACGAAGGGUCGGGCUGUGCUCGCAUCCAUUCGAAUCAGGGUCUACAACGAGAACGAUGGCCUUGAUACCUUGGAUAGUCCUUCGACUCUCAUCCAAGACGGCGAGGAAAAGACACUCACGUGGGAGAUACCCCCAACGGACGGACAACCAGUCCAAAAAAUAGGAAUUGUCCUACACGCCGCUGCUGGAUCUGUGAGCGGCACGGUCUGGUUGGAUCGUAUGAGCUGGAGCGGUGCCCCUCGAUUGACGCUGAAGCCACCGAGCAAGGGCAUCUUCGAAUCUACCCCUGGACAAGGAACCACGGCUCUUAGCAUCCCCAAGUGCGAUUUAUGGCGGCGGGCCUGGGUCCGUGGCGUGGACAAGUGGAACAUCGAAUUUCCCGUUCCCUUCCGCGUCUCUAACAACCAUGGCGAGGGCAUGAUUAUCCACGGCACUCGGGACUGGACCAACUACCGCGUUGUGUGCAAGGGCCUGACAGUUCAUUUAGGGACCCCGGCAGGUCUUGCUGCCAGAGUGCAGGGGCUGAAUCGGUAUUAUGCGAUGGUAUUCCAGCCUGACAACAAGGUGGCGCUCAUCCAGGCGUGGGAUGAGAAACGCAUUGAGCUAGCCAAGGCAGAUUUCUCUUGGGAGAUGGAGACAGGCUAUGAUGUGACCAUGAAUGUUUGCGGAGACAAGAUCGAAGGGUGUAUUGCUGGAGGACCCCGUCUAACUGCCGUCGACUCACGGUGGUCUUGUGGAGGUAUUGGGCUGUUAUUGACCGACGGCGCUGUGUCGGCCAACCAGUUCGACGUGGAUGGCUUAUAA